GUAGGACGUAACUCGAAUACCUUCCUUUUGCAUGACCAUCGGGAUUUUUGAUUACCUCGUGGGCUUGUAUGUCCAGCCAUGCGAUUGAUUGUCCCCAGUGUAUUCAAGCUGCAGAUCACCACAUGUAUGCUUCGAGAAUCUUUUGGACUGGAAAGUACUGACACAUAUGAAGAAUCCGUCAUAAAAACUCAGUGCUAAGAUUACAUUUUGAGAUGUAAGAAAUCAGCUUCAACAUGGUGCUGCCCCUCCAGCAUAUUAGUUAGCUAAUAUUUACAUUCCUUACGCCCUAAUGUGCAUGAUACCAGCGAAAUCAUCCUACUUUUUGACUACUAAAAUUUAGCAACUUAAACUAUAACUGACCGUAAACAAGUGAAUCUGAGAAAUUUUUGCAUAAAGAACAAAGCAACCCUUAUACUAGUCUUAAUGUCAACCAAGAGAACAGGACAGAGUGCACUUGAACUCAGGUCUCCUAUAUACCGUUUACUAGUGCUUUUGAGUGUCUCUAUCUUGAUGGCUACUUUCAGUCUUGCUCUCUCUCCGGAUGCCCUUAUAGAAAGUGGUUCCAAAUUCCUGUCCGACAAUACCAUAACUCAAUAUAGCAUUAGAAGGCAAUAUAAGUUUUAUAAUCAUUGCAGCGCUAAACAAAUUCUGAUAGUCGGAAAUUCAGUUAGCGCAUCAGGUAGUCAAGAUAGCCCUAACACAAAUUUAAUUCUACAGUCGGCACACUAUAAAAAUCAUCACGGUAUUCAAAUUAUUGGUGCAACAAGUGGUCGAUAUCUGUGCUUUAGUAAAAAAAGUAAACUAAUCACAAAGUUCUCUGGAGCUAAUCCUCGCUGCAUCUUCGAAGAGUUAUUCAGUCCUGACUAUUAUACCGUCUUGAGAUCAGUUUCCAAUAAAGACUGGCUGGUGGGUUUCAACAGAAGAGGCAAGCCCAUCCUAGGAUCUGACACCAAAACACACAGAAGUCGCUGUUACCAUUUCACAAAAAGGGAUCACUCGUAUCUUGAUGCCUUGCACAAAACCAGGCAUUUCGCUCCAAAGAUCUCUAAUCCCCACAAGUUCUUGCAUCUUCUCCAUGAAAAGCGGACAAGACGGCAAAAGCGGCACGCCUUUAAUGAAAUGAGAAGAUGAACUUAUAUACUGAAGGAAUUGUGUGGCUCCCUCCUAACUAAAAAGGUUAUGACCUGUUUACUAUUUCGUUACUGGCUUGGAGUAAAAAACGAAUGACAGUUACGAUUAUGCCACCAGUUCCUAACCCACUUUCUUCAAAACUAUAAAUGGCGUUAAGUUUUCAAAUGCCAGUCAUUGUGUACUUUAAGUAUAACCCCGGUUUCAUGAUUUCAUUUGUUGCUUUUUUCAUUAUUAGAAUUGUCACUAGAAUUAAGUAGACUAUAACGAUCAAUGAUUCAUGCUAUUUGAGCACACAGUGUUUUUUUGAAACAUUGUUUUUAACUCAACGUAUGUCUACAUGUCCUGUGCUUAGAUCAUGCUUUUCCUGUUUUUGUUAAGAUUCGUUUUAUAGCAGCUGAGCAUGACAAGUCAAGACACAAAACUAGGUUCCUAUUGUUAAAAAUUUCUCGAAGAAUAUCUUAUUGCCUUGCUAUUUUUAUACGCAUUUUUUUACGAUGAUACGAUUGUAACGAUGAAGUCAUUAAAUUAAGCAUAAUUCUUCAUAAUUUUUUUUUGACUGAUCGUUUAUACAAAAGGCCAGUUUUUAGACGAUGAAACCUUCCGAUUUAUGAUUACAAGAGAAAUUUGCAAUGGAUUUUGAUUUUAAUGUAUGAUUGGUUUAUCAGGGUAAAAUGAAUAUUUUUAGCACAUUUAUGUAGAAUUGUUUUAUCAUCCGUGGUAUAAAUUUCUGUAUGUACAUAUUUUAUGACAUUUUAGCAAUACUAUAUGUUCCGAUUUUUAAUGAAUUAGAUUGUAAUAGUUUCUGCAAUAUUUAGAGAAGCUGUUAUAUUUAACAACGAAGAGCUUGAAUCGAGCCUUAAGCACAUUCUAAUCUGUUGUCAACUAGUAAAACUUGAUCUGUGCUGCAAGAAUCAUUCCAUCGCUUCAGAUAAAUAUGGAUUUUAUUAAGUAACAUUCCAUCCGUAGGAUAUAGACUGAUACUUUUACAUUCCAGCAAAGGUCUUUAUGCUAUUUUAAACUUAAAUGAAUGUGGUUUUUAAUUUAAUUUAUUUUUUAAGCUUUUAGAACUUAAGAAAUCUUAAUUAAAGAUGGAUAUUGAACUUUCCUUAAAGUCUACCAAAUUAAUUUGAUUUUUUAGUUGAAUUUUUUCAUAGCAAAAUUAAGACGGGAAUUUGAUUUAGUGCAAUCUUUAAGAAUUGAACUAAAAGUUUUUUUAAAGAAAAGUUGCACGCAAGAUUUUUAUUAAAUAUUUCUAGUCUGUUUUUGAAUUUUUACACGUUUAUUUGUUACAAAUUUCCUUUCUUAAAAUCUCAUUUGAAAUUAAAUUGUUUUGUUAUAAUCUGUUGACAUGUUAAAAUUUCCAUGUUAUUGUUUUGUUUCGGCAAAUAAUCGGCCAAACUCUACUCAGCAAUUGCUUAAUUUACCCGGCCAUUAUUUUAAAACUACUUAAUGUUUUUAUCUCUUAAUAUUUACACAGUUGUUGUUUUUUCCCUAAGAAUUUCAUUUUGGAAAUUUUUAAUGUUUUAUUUUCUUUAUGGAUUAAAAAAAAUUUUUACAUUGAAUCUUUCAAUAUCGCAAACUUGUGAAAAAAACAUUGCAUCAACUUAUUUUCUUUUUGAAAUAUUUUACUUUUAGAAGCAAUAAUAUUUACACGAUUUGUUUAUCCGAAACGAAAUUGCAGAAACUGAUAUGCAACCGAAUAUAGAAUAUUAGCAUCAAUUUUGGAGUUGUGUAUUUAUACGUAGUUAAGAGAUGAUAAUACACAUUUAUGCAAGAAACUCAACUAUCGUUUAUAAAUUUUUAAUGAAACUCUCAGAUGAAAAUAUUUUCAUUUUUAUCGAGUUUUUACUAAUUAAUAUUUUUUUCGCUCCAAUAUGCAAGAUGUUAUCUUUUUUAGAAUCUGUAAUAUUUUCUUUAAUAAACAGAACUAUAGAAAAAUAGAUAUUUUGUAGCAUGCCGGAUGUAAUAUAAUUUUUGUUUAGUCUUAAGAUAUAUUAUUUCGGGUUUCAAUAAGUGUAAUAAUCUCAAUAAGUGAAUAGUGAAGUGUGCCAAAAUUAAUUUUGUAGGUUUUUGAUUCCAGUCCGUGUGUGCCAAAGUUUGUAAAAACUACCUCUUUCACAAUACAAUGCAAUUUUAAGCUCUUGCUGUAACACAAAGUAUAUUCCUGGAUAAAGGUGCUAAUGUUAAAAGUGAGACAAAUUGCAAUUUGUGCGAAUAUAAUAAAUGUAACAACAAACAAGAACAUAACCUUUUAUGAAGCUGUCCUAUCUUGUCAAGAAAAAAAGUAUCUGUA